AGAGGAAGAGAGUUGCUCAAACAAGCAUGGCUGGAAACAACGCAGCGCCGUCACUUACCAGUUCGCUAUCCAAACUGCAGUCCCUGCAUGGACUGUUUGCAAUCUAUAAGAAGCAAGGACCGACCUCUGCAGAUGUCUUGAAUAAUCUCAAAGAAGUUUUGCUGAAGGAAGCUGGCGUGAAGAACGCGAACCCGAGGAAGAGGAAGAAACAAAGUCUUAAAAUGGGCCACGGAGGAACACUCGACAGCGCUGCCAGCGGAGUGUUGGUUGUUGGUGUUGGAAAUGGCACAAAAAUGCUCAGCACAAUGUUGACCGGUUCCAAGAAAUAUACUGCUGUAGGGGAGCUGGGAAAAGCAACGGACACUCUUGAUGCUAGUGGCAGUGUUACCACAGAGAAAGACUUUAAACAUGUUACCAGGUUGGACAUUGAGGAGAAACUUCACAGUUUUGUUGGCGAUAUCAUGCAAGUCCCACCACUAUACUCUGCUUUGAAAAAAGAUGGUCAGCGGAUGUCGGUGCUUUUGAAGAAAGGUCACAAUGUUGAGGCGAAGCCAGCAAGACCUGUCACGGUGUACAAGUUGACGCUCCAAGAGUUCAAGCCCCCUCUCUUCACUCUGGAUAUUGAAUGUGGAGGUGGAUUUUAUGUCAGAAGCUUGGUGGAUGACCUGGGAAAAGCUGUCUCUUCAUGUGCUCACGUCAAGGAGCUGAUCCGCACCAAACAGGGUCAGUUCACCUUGGAAGAUCAUGCCUUACAGGAAGAGCACUGGACACUGGAGCAUAUCCUUAAAUCAUUGCACCUGUGUCCGGACGAGGUGGCAGCAGCAGAGGGUAGCACCUGAGAGACCAAGUUAAGAUAUACACUUGUAAACUUAUUCAAAUGUAGGUUACGCUAUAGUAAUUAUCAGAGGUUUUCAAGUAGGAUAGUGGGGUUUUUUUUAAUUGUCAGAAUGUGCCAGUUGGUGUUUGCAGAAUGAAAUAUGCAAAUCAUGUUUAUUUUUGUAUUUAGUUGAGUCAUUAUAAAUCAAAUCAACUUUAUUUAUAAAUAAUAUGCAGAAAUCUUAGCUUUCUUUGCUGAUAACUUAAUUUUCUUACAUUUUGUAUGCAAUAGAAGGACUCCUUCCACUAUUCAGUCCCUUGUGGUUUGUUUGAUUCAGUGUCAAAUAGUUAUUUUAUUUACUAGCCUUGUUUUUUUACUGCAAGAUAGCACAUUGCUCUAUACUGGCACUGCUGAACAAGAAAACAAUUUGGUUGUUUUUUGGGUAAUGGGUCACAAAAUUGGGGAUACGUGUCAUUUGCGAUGAACUCUGAUGCUCUUUUUCUUUAAAACUUGUUUCAUUUUAAUGCAACAUUUUUGUUGUAAUAUUUCUUGAUAAUCUUAAAGUCACGGGUGGCCAAAGUGUGCCUCGCAGCGUUUAUUUUUAUUGGCCCUAGGCACAUUCUAAAAAUGUACUGUAUGUAACUUUAAAUGUUAUAAUUAUGAAAUACAAUUGCUUUCAUACACAUGUGGGAAAUACAGUAUAUUUAUCUUAGUUGUUCAGUAGAAAUUGAAGAUAUUUUUCCCACAUGGUUACAUUAAAGGGGAACAUUAUCACAAUUUCAGAAGGGUUAAAACCAUUAAAAAUCAGUUCCCAGUGGCUUAUUUUAUUUUUCGAAGUUUUUUUCAAAAUUUUACCCAUCACGCAAUAUCCCUAAAAAAAGCUCCAAAGUGCCUGAUUUUAACCAUCGUUUUAUACACCCGUCCAUUUUCCUGUGACGUCACAUAGUGAUGCCAACACAAACAAACAUGGCGCAUAGAACAGCAAGCUAUAGCGACAUUAGCUCGGAUUCAGACUUGGAUUUCAGCGGCUUAAGCGAUUCAACAGAUUACGCAUGUAUUGAAACGGAUGGUUGUAGUGUGGAGGCAGGUAGCGAAAACGAAAUUGAAGAAGAAACUGAAGCUAUUGAGCCAUAUCGGUUUGAACCGUAUGCAAGCGAAACCGACGAAAAGACACGACAGCCAGCGAUACGGGAGAAAGCGAGGAUGAAUUCGGCGAUCGCCUUCUAACCAACGAUUGGUAUGUGUUUGUUUGGCAUUAAAGGAAACUAACAACUAUGAACUAGGUUUACAGCAUAUGAAAUACAUUUGGCAACAACAUGCACUUUGAGAGUGCAGACAGCCCAAUUUUCAUCAAUUAAUAUAUUCUGUAGACAUACCCUCAUCCGCUAUCUUUUCCUGAAAGCUGAUCUGUCCAGUUUUGGAGUUGAUGUCAGCUGGCCAGGGAAGCUAGGGUCGAUAUUCUUCUCUUGAUCAUCUUCGGUGGCAUAAGGGACGGUGUGAGCCAAGACAUCCAGGGGGUUUAGCUCGCUCGUCUGCGGGAACAAACUGCCGCCAUUGCUUGCCGUGCUACCGAGGUCUUUUGUCCCUGAAUUGCUCACACACUCCGGCAGAUUCAAUGGGGGUCUGGCGGCAGAUUUCUUUGACUUUAUCGUUGGAAAUGCAUCUGCUUUGAGUGUCGCAGGAUAUCCACACAUUCUUGCCAUCUCUGUCGUAGCAUAGCUUUCGUCGGUAAAGUGUGCGGAACAAACGUACAAUUUCUUGCCACUUUCGCAUCUUUGGGCCACUGGUGCAACUUGAAUCCGUCUCUGUUUGUGUUGUUACACCCUCCGACAACACACCGACGAGGCAUGAUGUCUCCAAGGUACGGAAAACAGUCGAAAAAACGGAAAAUAACAGAGCUGAUUUGACUCGGUGUUUGAGAAAAUGGCGGAUUGCUUCCCGAUGUGACGCCACGUUGUGACGUCAUCGCUCCGAGAGCGAAUAUUAGAAAGGCGUUUAAUUUGCCAAAAUUCACCCAUUUAGAGUUCGGAAAUCGGUUAAAAAAAUAUAUGGUCUUUUUUCUGCAACAUCAAGGUAUAUAUUGACGCUUACAUAGGUCUGGUGAUAAUGUUCCCCUUUAAAUAUUAUAUACAGCAGUAACAUUCACAGUUGCAUAUAUAGAAAUAGUUUUUCACCCACAGAAUCUUGGAAGUUUUACGUUACCUAUUGUGUAUCGAUUCUAUACUGUGACAAGACAGACCUCACUUGUCAUGAAAAGUAAAAACAAAUGUGUCCAAUGUUCUGUGUCAUAGUUUAUUUUUGUGUGAUUGCAAUACUUUUGGCAGUGCUUUGAUUUUCACAUGGCCCACUUUUCAUAGGAUUUGGUUUUUGUAUACCAUCUUGGUUAGUGUAUGGCCAAACAUUUUCAUUGAGUUCAGUCUCUUCCCCCAAUAUCACAAUCCUUCACAUUUCAUGUUGUCACAAUGAGAUACGUGUCGUGCUUGGAUUUUGCUCCCA